AUGUGCGCGUGGCGUAGCGCCUUUUACACGCCGAGGUCGUACCUCCCUUUCCCCCCCAGUGCGCUCCUCCCUUUUCCCCCCAAGUCGCACCUCCCUUUCCCCCCAGGUCGCACCUCCGUUUCCCCCAAUGUCGCACCUCCGUUUCCCCCCAGGUCGCACCUCCCUUUCCCCCCAGGUCGCACCUCCGUUUCCCCCCAGGUCGCACCUCCGUUUCCCCCCAGGUCGCACCUCCGUUUCCCCCCAGGUCGCACCUCCGUUUCCCCCCAGGUCGCACCUCCCUUCCCCCCAGGUCGCACCUCCCUUUCCCCCCAGGUCGCACCUCCGUUUCCCCCCAGGUCGCACCUCCGUUUCCCCCCAGGUCGCACCUCCCUUUCACCCCAGGUCGCACCUCCGUUUCCCCCCAGGUCGCACCUCCCUUUCCCCCCAGGUCGCACCUCCCUUUCCUACCAGGUCGCACCUCCCUUUCCCCCCAGGUCGCACCUCCGUUUCCCUCCAGGUCACACCUCCCUUUCCUACCAGGUCGCACCUCCCUUUCCCCCCAGCCUCGUGACCGCCACCGAGCCGCCAGCUGCACGUUUGACGAGGUGCGCGAAAUGUGCCCAUUCACAGGCCAGCGCCUUUCCUCAUCCCUCCGAACCUCUUCCUCUCCGCCCUCCCACCCUUGUCUUUCUCUUCCCCCCCUGUUCUCCUCUCUCUCCACCGUCAUCCUCUCUCCCCCCUGUCCUCCUACCCCCUCCUGUCAUCCUCUCUCCCCCCUGUCCUCCUCCCCCCUCCUGUCAUCCUCUCUCCCUCCUAUCCCCUCCCCACCCCUGCCAUCCUCUCUCCCCCCUGUCCACCUCCCCCCACCUGUCAUCCUCUCUCCCUCCUGUCCUCCUCCCCCCCCUGUCAUCCUCUCCCCCCCCUGUCCUCCUCCCCCCCACUGUCAUCCUCUCUCCCUCCUGUCCUCCUCCCGACCCCUGUCAUCCUCUCUCCCCCCUGUCCUCCUCCGUCCCCUCUGUCCUCUCUCCCCCUGUCCACCCCCUUGCUCCCCUGCCAUCCUCUUCCACUCGCUUUAUUGGCCACUCCUUUUUCCCCCUUUAUCCCCGUUUCCACCAUAGUUUCCCACUCCUUUCCCUCUCCUUCCCACUCCUUCACUCUCCUUCCCAUUCCUUUCCCGCUGCUUUCCUUAUGCCCUGCCAUUGCUCCCCCACUCUCCUCUUUUCCCCUCGUGCUCGGCUGAGUGUGCUGUGCAGGCUGCAGCAGGGCAGCGGGCCGCCAUGGAGGGGAGGACAUGGGCUAAGCCCGCUACCACACGCGCCAAUGGGCGCUUGGAUGCUGGGCACUAUGGCACUCUCCAUUCGCCCUGCCACCUCAUGCGCCACUCAUCCACCCCUCCUUCCCUCCUGCUUGGGCCUCCGACUUGCUACUGCAGCUGGGGUGACUGCAGCAGCAUGA